GGCGCCGAGUGUCGGUUAUGGCCGAGUUCGGUGUUUCUAAAUCUUGUUAUAGUGGAAUAGUGCUUGGCCAGAAUGAAAUGGAAUGAGUGGGAGACCACAGGGCCGUGUUAGGCAAUCACGCAGAGAGCGUUCUCAGCGUAGCAGAGGUCGAGAUAACUCCGCAGAUUCAGUUAGUAGUACAAGAAGUGAAAGAGAUAGAGAGACAACUCGCAACACCAAUGGGCGGAAUACGCGCCGUAGACUUGAAAGACGAGACGAAAGAACUCGUAAACCAGAAGAUAAACCUUCAGAAAGAGAUGCUACACGUAGUGGAAACCCAGACAAGCGGGAAGAUAAGAGUAGAAGAGGCGAAAAGCCCUCAACACGGGAUGGACCACGAGACUUGAACAGAGACCAUGGAAAAACCUUGAACAGUUUAGAUCGUCACAGCAAUGCAGCAAAUGAUUCUCGUUUAUCCAGUAUCACCAAGAGGAUUAUCAGAGAGACUGAUCGAGAACGCCGUAUUACUGCUGCGAGACAGCUGGAAGAGUAUUUCUCAAGUCCUGAGAAUAUCCAGGUGAUCCUUAAGAAUCAAGAAAAUGUCCUUGUCUCCCUGGAGGAUGUAAUGUAUGAAAGGAACUUAUUAGCAGAUGUAAAAGAUCAUUUGGUUCAGUGUCUUGUAAUGUUUGGAGCCAUGCUUGGAUAUGAUAUGAAAAGAUUGUUUCAAUGGAUUUUUAACAAGUUGGAUUCCUCUUCAUCUGAUGAUAUCAAAACUUUACUGCUAACAGCUCUAUCCAAGAUAAUUCAAAAUGAAAGCAGUCAGCAAUGUUUUAGAGAAGUCGUUGUGAAUGUGAUGAGCUUGUUGGAAAACAUCCUUGAAAAUGUUGACGCACCAGAAUUGUUGGAUGCAGUACUUAGCGUCAUCAUGUCCAUUGCUACUGAUUACCCACAAGCCUUUGCAGGCUACUUUAGAGAUACAGUAGACAUUCUUGUUGGUUGGCACAUCGACAUAUCACAGCAACCAUCCUUGACAGCUCACAUGUCAGAAUGUCUGAUUCAACUCCAUCCCUACUGGGCUUCAGACAUUGCAUUCUCCCUGACUCUUCUUGGUCAGUUUCUGGAAGAUAUGGAAGCUUAUGCCGAGGAGCUGAGCAUGUUGGCAAAUAAACAAGGUGCAAGUGAUGGCCUACCGUCGCCGUAUACUUCAUUACCAAAACUGAYGGCACUAGUAAGGGUCUUAACUACUGUUGUUAAUGGAAUUGGAGAUGUCUUUUCACCAGCUCAGACACCUGCAAUUACAAUACCUUACAUAGAAGAUAUAAUCCAGAGAGUAAUUAAAAGUAUUUGUCUGUCUGGGUUUAAAUUCUACUAUGAACAACUCUUUAUUGUUGGUAAUGAUUGUUUACGUUCAUUGUGUAACUGGCUACGAGUGUACUAUGCCGGCUGUUGUGAUCAGACUGCUGUGUUCAUCAUCCAGCAGUUACAGUACUGUCAGACACCCACCUAUCCCCAUGUCAUGUCCAUACUUGACCUCGUAGACAUGGUGAGAAGCAAAGUUGGCACAUCCAUCCCUAUUACCUUUAUCAAGACUCUUUUACAUCCUGGCUCACAAUUCGUGAAGCUCAGACUAACUCCAGAUGAAGCAAUUCUAUCCAGUUUGAUGAAAAUCUAUCAAGGAUUCCUGGGGAUUCGUGAUGUACAAUUAAUGGAAGCCACUUACAACAUAACUGUUGCUGAACUCACAGACCAAUUUAAUCAACUCAAACAAUUGGCUAAGGCUUGUAGAGGCACUGAUUCAGAGAUCCUGUCAUCAGACCUGGUUAAUGAUGUGGAGAGCUCAAAACAACAAGCAGACACAGCUGACGUCGUCAGUAGGGGAGGUGUUCAUCAGCCAAUCAUGGAUGAGGGAAGUACAAGGCAGACAUCAAGUCAGCCAAUGACAGACAACAUCACAGGUGCUGUGAAYGGACCAAUUGAAAGUGAGGGAAUGGUCUCCAUGGAAACAUUAAGUGAACCAACCAUGGGUUUUGUGAUAGAUGAAAAUAAGCCAAUCAUAGGUGAUGUGAUUACCAGCAAUACAGUCAAUGGACCAAUCACAAAUGACACAGGAAAUCAACCAAUCACAGAUAGCAUAGACCUGACAGUCAGAGCUAACCAUCUUCAGUCUAUAAUCAUAUUUGACUUGUGUUCAUUGUCAGAGAUUGCAACAGAAAAGUCUCCCAUCAUUGGGCUAUGGAAGUUAACCCCCACUCUCUUUGACCUUCUAACCCAGUACAUAAGUGCUUGUGAGUGGACAGUAGCAGCAUGCUAUCCUGCCGUGCAGUACACCAUUCUACAUGCAUUGUAUACCCAUUGCCAAAGCAACGCCCAUUUCUUGUCCAGUGUCAAAGAUCCAUCCACCAUUUCAGACCAAAACAAGAAGGGAAGCUUAAGUUUUGUUCUUCAUCUUCUUUCUAAAGUCCUCAUUAGUUCUACUUCAUCAUAUGAUACCAGGAAACUGUGUUUGGUAUGGCUAAUGGAGACACUUGACUUAGUCUUCAAAUCAGGACCAGAAAUAACAGCAGCAGUAAAGGAACACUUUAACUUUGACAUCUUAGGAAACAGUUUAUUGCCACUGUCUUUCAAUCCAUGUUGCCACUUUUCCUUGGAAGUGUGUGAGUGCAUGAAAAUUCUCAUUGAACUGAAGCUCCUGUCAGUCAACUGCCUCAAGAGAUGUCUACAAGAUUGUACAGUACGACUGAUGGAUGUCAAUGACACUGUGCGGGAAUGUUACCUGUCACUCAUCAAGGCACUACCUGCUGAUGUUAUAACAAGUUUUGCAUCAAGGAACCUUUUACAAGACAGGAUAAAGAUGCAAAAGACAGCAAGUGAUAGUGAAUUUAAGCAGUUGAGGACAAGUUGUGAGGAUGUGUGGUGGGUCAAGAAGAAUCACAUUGUAAAACAACCAACUGGUACUUUUCAUUCGUAUAACUUUCAAGUUAUAAUGGGUUUUAUUCAGCAUGGAGUACUGCCAAGCAAAGAGAUGCAAAGUGACUGGUUGGUUCGGCUUUUUCACACCUGUAAUAGACCAAACAAAUACACAGCAAGUGAACUGACCCAUUUUAACAGCAGUCAGUCGGCCUUAUGGUUCUGGUCCACCUGGGAAACAGCUCAGUUCUGUAUCCUAUCCAAACUGCGCACUUCUUUAGGAAGAGCACAAGAGACCUUUCAGGCCAUUGAAGGAAGUCUGAACCAGUAUGCUAAAGAGGCCAAGGCGGCAGAUCAAGAUGACCAGGCAAAACCAAGGAACAAAGAUGAUAACAAGUCCAGCGAUGAAGAUAGUGAACCCACAGCAACCUUCCCUAAGGCAUACAUGAGUCAACUAAGAACAACUUUGCUGCUCCAAUUUGUGGAAAACCUUGAGAAACUGAUGUACAAUGCAUAUGAUGGUUGCACAGUAGGAAUGCCGUCACCUCCCAAGUCUGUGCGAGUGUUCUUUAGGACAAAUCGCAGCACCUGCCAGGAAUGGUUGUCCAGGAUUAGACUACCUGCAAUUGAAGUGAGUCUGCGAUGUGGCUCACCAGCCAUUGCUGUCUGGCAUGGCAUGCAGAUGCUGCAGGAAAUGAAAGCUUCUGGAAAACUGAAGGGUCCUGAAUUUGAACAGACAGUAUUACUUUUGUGUAAAGCUCUUUGUGAAGUAAAAAGUCCCCAAGCUAUUACUGGCUUGAAAGCCUGGUGUGCUAAGAACACUGAACAAGAAAUGCCAUGGAUUAAUGGUAUUAUACUGAAAGCCAAAGGAUGGUAUGAAAGUGCAGCAGAAGCGUACAAAACAUCAUUACGUAACUACAUGUCAGAUACUUCUGGUACAGGAGAAGAUAGCAAGACUAAAAAUACAGAUGUAUUAUCACCAACUACUGUAGAAUUGCUUGUCAGUGAGGUUGCCAACUGUUAUGUCAAGUUGUCUGACUGGGAUGAGGUUGAAAAAUGGCAGACAGAAAUCAGUAGUUCCAGGAAAAACAUCAAGGAAACAGACCUACAGCAUGCCAUGCAGUUGAACCAGGACAUGAACUAUAUCAGAGCUUUGAGCAAGUUUGAAGAAGGUAACUUCACAGCAACACAGAGCCAUCUACGACUCAUUCCUGGAAACUGUUUGAAUGCCAUGGCAGACAAUGCCAAGAAGUCAUCAUGGUCACUACAUGCCCAGGAAACAGAGAUGACAUUCAACCCUCUUUGGGAUGUUGGUAAAAUACAAAGGGCUGCUGAGAUUUGUCUUGUUCAAGCUGGGGUAUUGUACAGUGCUUCUACAAGUACUGGCAGCAAAAAUGUCCCAAAGGAUGCAAAAUUGAUCAAAGCCGUAAAGGAGUGCAUCAAUCAAAGUUCAUCAUUGGCCACUGGAGCAUUGCAAGUUGGUUGUCUGGACUGGCCACCUCUGGUCUCUCCACAAAACAUUCUACAAGUACAACAAGCUGCUGUCAUGGAAGAUGCUGUUGAUGCUUUAACCAAGGGGGAUCUUGUGCAGUCUAUUCUACAAGGAGAUGGAUCAUUCACAGCAGACCCAACAAGACACAACUGUGCUGUACUGAAUCAAGCCCUGCGCUUCACAUCUCAUAUUUCACACCUCAACACAUCUCUUGGUAAACCAAAUGCAUCUUUAAAUAGUGAGCUCUUAACCCUCCGACUAGAAACAGCCAUGCUAGCCAGAAAACAUGAGAAUUACUCCCUAGCACAGAGGUUACUUCUUAACCAGCUAGUAAAGCUUGGGAUAGCUGUGCAGCUUGAGGAAGAGCCUAAUGGACAGAAUAAUAUCCUUGGUUCUCUAGUAAGAGGCUUAAUAAGCGUGUCUAACGUCAAGGGCUCUUCAAGACUGGACUUGCUGAAAGCACAGAGAGAAAGUGCUAAACUAGCAUAUGCCCUCGGUCACACACAGGAUGCUGUUGGUAUACUCUCUGGUAGUGUUCUGGAAUUCACUAAAAUCAAUGAAUCAGAUGGUGUUGUUAGAGAAUUGAACUCUAGGUCCUUAGUUACUCUAUCCAAAUGGUUAAUGAAUGACAGGAAACUGCUGACGUCAGCCACUAAAACCAACAGUAAUGUCACUCCAUUGGUUGCGAAAAUGAGCUCUCUCUGUGAUACAGAAGAGGAGUUUCUAGGGUACGGUCACAGCACUCUGAUUGGCUCACAGGAUGAAAAAGAAGCAAAGGAUUUGACACUGGAUGAUGAGAUGGUGUGGAGCAGUAGUGGUGUGAGUAGUGUUGGAAGUGGUGUUGAUGAUGUAGAGUCAGCAUGUGGUCAGAUACUGCAUUUAAGCACCAUGCAGACCCCAGAUCUUGGUAAAGCUUGGUAUCAUCUUGCUGCUUGGUGCUAUAGAUGGGGACGCAAGACAGUAGAACAAGCAAGCUCCAUGGGAAAUGUAGAGUUGUUGCUGGAGGAGAAAGACAGAGCCUUACAGAGUAUCCCAAAGAGUGCCAGUGAGGAGGAGAUAGAUGCUGUAUUAUCAGAACUAGGACAGGCACAUUCUGCUGAUAGUCAACCACAUGAUGAAGACAUUGGAGAUGAUGAUCAGUUUUAUGAUAACAGUAUGGACAUCACUAGAAAGCUUCUCCUACAAGCCUGUCCAUCCCUCCAUGGUGCUGACCCAGGCUCUCUUGAAACACUUUUAUCAAUAUGGAAGGGUGUACGGGACAGACUCUUUAAGCACUAUCACUAUGCUGCUAAGGCUUACUUCAUGUACCUAAAGAUUGGCAAAGGGCAUGCAACAAAUGAACCAAGUAACACUGGCAGGAAUAGAAAGAUCAACAAGAGUAAUGAUGAUGGAAAUGUAACAGCCACCUUAAGGCUACUGCGUCUCCUGGUAAAACAUGCUGGGGAACUCAGGAGUGUUCUGGAAGAAGGGCUUGCACAUACACCUACUAGACCAUGGAAAGAUAUUAUACCUCAGCUGUUUUCACGCCUUAAUCACCCUGAAGCAUAUGUACGUCAAAGUGUAUCAGAGCUGUUGUGCCGUGUUGCUUCAGAUGCCCCACAUCUCAUUGUUUACCCUGCAGUGGUUGGAUCAACAAGCUCAGUGCCUCAGUUUCUCAGCAAGAACAAAGAAAGUGAAGGUCUUCUUCCACUCCUGGUUGCCAACAUCCAGGACAAAUCAACCAGUCAGAAUGGCUCUCAGUCGGUUUCUAUGGAAACAACUGACCAACCUGUCAAACAGGAAAGUGACAGCUCCAUGGAGAGCUGCUACAGGACCAUAGUAGACUCGCUUCAGUCUGUCAACCCCAAGCUUGUAUCAGAGCUGCGGCAGUUUAUUCAGGAGUUGAGGAGAAUAACUCUUCUUUGGGAGGAGUUGUGGCUUGGAUCUUUGGUGCAGAACCAUCAGGAGGUGCUACGAAGGCAGCAGCAGCUAGAUGAGGAAAUCAAAAGAGUAAACAAUAACACAACGCUGAAUGAGCAGCAGAAAAUGACCUUGAUAAAAGAAAAACACAUUGCUAUUAUGAAGCCGGUUGUAUUUGCCCUUGAACAACUACAGAAGAUAACAAAUCAUCCCCCAGUGACCCCCCAUGAGCAGUGGUUCCACCGGAUGUACAGUAACUUGAUAGAUAAUGCUCUGCAAGUGUUGAGAAACCCUGACAAACCAUCAGAUCCUAAGGCAAGCUGGGAACCCUUCAAACAGCUAGUACAAACUUUACAAGCAAGAUCACAGAAGAAGUCGGCUUACAGUUUAGUUAUGAGUGCCAUCAGUCCUGUCUUGGCGAAGAUGAAGAAUACAGCUAUCUACAUGCCUGGUCAGACACACUUUGGUGGAGAGAUCGUCACCAUCAGUUCCAUCAGUAAUGAAAUCAAUAUUUUACCAACCAAGACCAAGCCAAAGAAACUGGUUUUUAUUGGUUCUGAUGGACAAAGACACACCUACCUGUUCAAGGGACUGGAAGAUCUUCACCUUGAUGAGAGAAUUAUGCAGUUUCUAUCCAUUUGUAACAACAUGUUUACCAGAGCUGACAGCCACCGAUGCCCUUUGUUCUAUGCACGGCACUACUCAGUGACCCCCCUAGGACCAAGAUCUGGACUCAUACAAUGGGUUGAUGGAGCAGUACCUUUAUUUGCUCUGUACAAAAGAUGGCAACAGAGAGAGGCUGCAACAAUGGCCUUACUCAAAUCUACCCAGGGCAAUAAUCCGACUCCUCAGCCUCCAAUGAAACCAAGUGAGCUGUUCUACAGUAAAAUGACUCCAGCACUGAAAGAAAAGGGUAUCAAGGACCCCAAGGAGUCAGAUCGCAAGGAGUGGCCAUUGAGUGUCAUGAGGACAGUACUAGAGGAAUUGGUCAGAGAGACACCCAAUGACCUUCUAGCAAGAGAGUUGUGGUGUUCAAGUACUGGUUCCCUGGAAUGGUGGCAUAUGACAAAAACCUAUGCUCGUUCUACUGCCGUCAUGUCUAUGAUUGGUUACAUUAUUGGUUUAGGUGACCGACAUCUUGAUAACAUGUUGAUUGACUUCACGACUGGCGAGGUGGUUCACAUUGACUACAACGUAUGCUUUGAGAAAGGAAAAGGUCUGCGUGUACCAGAAAAGGUUCCCUUCAGAAUGACACCUAAUCUUGAGACAGCUCUAGGAGUAACUGGUGUAGAAGGAAUGUUCCGCUUGUCAUGUGAGCAGGUGCUGAAGAUCCUACGGCAGGGUCGAGAAACCCUUCUGACGUUACUGGAAGCUUUCGUUUAUGAUCCUCUGGUUGAUUGGACAUCAGCCAAUGAUAAUGCUUUUGCCAGUGCAUUUUAUGGGGGCGGCACAACUGCAAUGAACGACAACAAGGUAAACAAGAAGGAAAUGGAAAGAGGAGUUACACAGAGCUUGUUCUCAUCUAGAGUAGCUGAAAUGAAAGUCAACUGGACAACUAACAGGGAUGACCUGCUUACUGCCAUCAGUGCACAAGAAGAACUUGUAACUAGCUAUACAGCAUCAGUCAAACAUCUCAAGUCAAUGGAUGUGAUGUUAGACCAGCUCAAAGAACAACAACAGACUCUUCAGUCAGCUGUCAAUAACACCAACCACCCCUUACACUCCCUGCAGGCAAAGUUUGAUGAGCACAUCAAAAUGAAGUCCAACCAGGAUGUUAUCCUGCAGUCAAUCAAGGCAAAGCUUGGAGAGUGUGUUAACUGGCACUCACAACACAAGGCUUCCAUGGAGAUGAUACACAGCCCACAAUUUUCCGUCUUGGUAGCUGACAUUUUAAAACCUUUGGAUAUUGGUGUGCCUUGUUUUGCUCCCGCCAUUAAGUUUCUGAAAGGUGCUGGUCAAGGAAACAUUGUCAGUCAGUGCGAACAACUAGAAUCAGAGCUUGGAAGUCUUCUCCACCAGAGACGAGCAAUGCAGCGUACAUGUUUGGACCUAAUCCACACCUAUGGUACAGUCACAUCACAGUUUCCUUCCAAUUACGUCAACCACAACAGGAUGUAUGAAUGGAUGUGUUGGCUGCAAGAAAUUGUCCAAGAUUCUUCCACAAAGAUGUGUCAAGACGUUCUGACGAAAAGUGAAGAGACCAGAGCACAAUCAGAAAAAACCGCCGACAACCCAUUGUCUGUAGUUGCUAUGAAUUCCCUCAUGUCUUUGGAGGUCAAACUACAGACGAAUCUAACAGAUCAGAACAGCAAAUUUAUUAAGUUUUGCGAACGUCGUAAACAAGAAAGUGUGGAGACAGGAUUUCUAUGUAAAGCUGUUGAUGAUGCUCUGGCCAGUCUUAACAAAUAUGUAUCAGAUAACCAACCCAGUGCCACCAUAUGCCUGAGCUCUGUCAUUGUUAAAGUACUUUGUUCUCAGAGCAAGAGAUGUUUAGUGAUGGAGAACACAGCUAAAGUUGCUGGUGACAGACUAUCAGACCUGACAUCAAGAGAAGGUGACUGGUUUUUAGAAGAGCUAUGUUCAAUGAGUGGUAAUGUCACACAGCUUCUGUCCCUGCUGAGAGGUCAUCCUCUGGUCAUUGAAGAACAGAAGAGUUUGUCUAAAGAAGAACUAAACAACUCUAUCAAGGGCAUUUUUGCAGUUCACAAAGUCUUCUCUGCCCUUCAGGAAUUGAUGACAAACUUCAGGAAUAUCAUUGUUCCUGAGGCCAUCAAGAGUUUCACUUCAGGAGAUCCUAGCGUAACUCAUAUGUUAGAGAGCUUAGAGAGACUUGUGCAUGGAGAAGAUAUUACUGCACUGGCCAAAACAGUAGAAACUGAGAUGAACGGCACACACGAAUGCCAGGGUGUUAAUUCCUCCAGCAUCAGUUCAAAGAUAUCCAUAUUACAGCAGCAGUUUGAUGCCAUCCAACAGUCAAGGAAUGCAAUUGGGAAGAAGUCAAGCGAACAGAUGUCAGCAGGACAGAUGCUACUGGCAGGUUUUAAUGGACUUUUCACUAAAGUUGAAAGUGAAUUGGAUUUGAUGAAUGCGAUCUUAGCCCAGAUGAACAGCAGUUUUGGGAAUAAAACUUGUGAUGUUGUACAAGAAGCUAAAAAGCUGCAGGAAUCAAACAGGAGUGGAAACAGCAAGCUUUGUAGUAAGCUCUUCUUCCUAAAACGACUUGCAGUUAUGGCAGCAUUUUUCAAAGAUUGUAAAGUACUAGUGGAAAACACUAAAGAAGCUCCUGAACCCAAAGCUAGAGAAAGAGUUGCCGAAGACCAACCACAGUACAACUGGAUAGCUGAUAAAUGCUAUAGUGAAGAUGAACUUGCAUUGCAUAUCAGGCAGUUCAUCGCAGAGAGUGUACAGAAGAGGAUUCUUGGACUGCCUUCUCAAGCAAUAGGCAUUAUAGUCUAUGAGUAUCUCAAUUUAUUAGAGGAUGGAACAGACAGUGGUGAUAGCAGUAGGGUACACUCUAUUGAAGAAACCUGCAAGAAGGUGAUUGACAUCAAGAUCAAGAAGGGAAGYUUCCAGCAAAAACAGUUUUCACAAAUGAGUUCUUUGACCAGUGCUUAYGACGUAGCAUGGAGAAAACACGACUUUGCAAGACGUCUGGACCACAACAUCAGUCUCUACAAGGGUGUGGUUCAAAGAUCUCAGUUACAACUAGCAAGGUUCCAGUGGUUGUAUGAAGAUGAUCUACUGCGCUGUCCCUUGAGAGGCAACAGCAUGAUCAGCCCUGCUAAAGCCAGCAUCAUGAACGACAUGAGAAAGCGGGUUCAGUCUCUUCUUCAACUGGAGCCAGCUGUAAAAGCCACAGAAGACAAGAUCAUAACUCAACAGUCCAGCAUCGAACAGAGACUCAAGUGGGCAGCAGGAGCUAAUCCAGCCUUGAACCCUGUACUAAAGGAGUUUGACAAGACUGUCAAUGAUAGAAAAAAACUGUUACAGUUGGAGGCCAAGCACUCUUCAGACAUCUGCUCACUAUCCAAUGCCUUGAUUCACUUUGAGAUGCUCAGUAGCCAGUCCCAUGAGGUCACAGCUUUGGACAGCACCAUCACAGCUCUUGUCUCCAAAUGCAAGAAUAGUUCCUCAGAAUUAGAAAAAUCUCUGGUGAAGCUAAAGGCUGUGAGUGAGAUGACAUCGUUAUUGAACCUCAAAUGUCCGCCUGAAGCACCCAUCACUCUUGGAUGGAUGAAAACUAACCUGGAGUCAGUCAGUCAAGAGAUAUCAUCACAUAAGUCCAGGAAGAUACAGGCUAUAAGUUCCGUCACCACCAAGAGAGAAUCACUCAAGUCCCACACCAAUGCCCUCAAAGCACUGAUAGUAACACAUCAGCAGCUGGUAUCAGAAGUGAAAGCAUUGCUAACCACUAUGGUCAAGGAUGAAGAUGGACAUGAAUCAAGUACUGCUGCUAAGUCGUUCAUUACAUCCUACAACAGGCUGUCAGACGAGUGUGCACAGUUGAUUAAAAGUACUUUAUCCUGUUGCAGUGGGAAAGUAGACAGCAGUGAUUCAACAGAUGACAAGGAGUUUGAUGAUAAUAUACAACAAGUGAAAGMUAUAAUCACGUCUAUCACGUCYUYGAUUCACUGGGUACAUGAUCAUUUGUUGGCCCUGGCGUCUCCUCUGAUGCCUGAGGACUCGGGAUCUAAUGGAGGGAAGACACCCAUCGCGGCACCACCACCUACCUUUGCAUCAGCAUUACAGAAGGGUAGCACUACCAUGACCAAAGACAUCCCAGAAACAUCAUCAGGUUGCUGUCCUCCAACAAACCCAGUCAUUCUGCACAAAGAUCAUGGGGUACAAAGUCCAUCGGGUGGAGGUUCACCUACCACACGACCUGCUACAGUUGCAAGUCCAAGGAAGUCUUCCUCUACUUUUCUCGCGAGAGAUCCAAAAACUGGCAAAGCUCUACAACAGCGUAACACAUAUGCCAUCAGUGUGUGGAGGAAAGUAAAAGCAAAACUUGAUGGCAGGGAUGCGGAUCAAGCAAAGAGAUUGUCUGUAACGGACCAGGUUGACCAUGUUAUCCAUGAAGCAACCAGUCUGGACAAUCUCAGCCAGAUGUACRAAGGAUGGACUGCAUGGGUAUAGACGAGACGAUACCAGACAAUCCUGUCUGUCCAUAUUCUCUACAUCAAUUUCAUUGGUUGCUCCAGGUCACCAUAGCAACAAAGCUAAUCAUGGAACAGCAGCAGUGCCAGCUUGCAACAAUCGACCCAACAUUCCAGGUGUUUGUGUCCAUAGUGCUUAACUUGUAGCGUUGCCUAGUAACGGGUGUCGUGCUGCAAAUGUAUUUAGUGGAGUUUAUGGCGUUGCUAGCUUAACGACUUGGGRAAAAAGAUCGACGUAGUUUUGCUUAUUUACUUGUAACGUUAGUUUGACCAGAACAAACCUUGCAGUUAAGCAAACGUUGAAAAAAGGAAACAGCUUGAAAUAAUUUUAGACUUGUGUCGUAAAAAUUGUUUGAUUAAUAA